AUGUCGGACAUUAGAGUGUGCUUUCCUGAUCGCCCCCAGUUCUCAGGGUUCAUGAAGCCCUGUCGCGUGGAAGGAGAUGUAUCUCAAUUGGAGGUUUACGGCGAGAUCCCCAAGGAGAUUGAUGGAGUCUUCUAUCGGGUAAUGCCUGAUCCUCAACUCCCCCCUUUCAUUGACAAUGAUCCAUGGUUCAACGGAGAUGGAAAUGUCAGUGCCUUCCGCAUCAAAGACGGCCGUGCGUCAUUCCGGCAACGAUACGUGAGAACUGAGAAGUUUGUGCGAGAGCGCGAGGCUCAACGCGCAUUGAUCGGCAAAUACAGAAACAAGUUUACCGACGCGGUGGAGUUCAAAGUCCGCAGCACGGCCAACACUAAUGUGGUCUACUUCAACGGGCAACUACUGGCUCUAAAAGAGGAUUCUCCCCCUUACGCGAUGGACCCUGUGACAUUGGAGACCAAGGGGCUGUAUGACUUCGAGGGCCAGCUGCCCAGCCUCACCUUCACUGCGCAUCCAAAGUUUGACCCGGUCACCGGUGAGAUGGUCUGUUUUGGAUACGAAGCGCGGGGCGAUGGCACCCCCGACGUGUGCUAUUACAGCGUUUCACCGACUGGCAAGUUCACGGAGGUGGUCUGGCUGGUCGCGCCGGUGGUGGCAAUGAUUCAUGACUUUGCCGUGACGGAUAACUGGGUCAGUGAGCCUGUUCCUCGAAGCGUCUGUGAUAUUCAACGCAUGAAACAAGGAGGCGAGCACUGGCAGUGGAGCCCCGAGACACCACUUUAUUUGGGAUCAUGCCCCUCUAAUGUAAUGCAGUGGUUCCAAUAUAAGAACUCCUUCCCCGGCCACACAGCCAACGCCUACGAGGAUGAGCAAGGCCACCUGGUGAUCGAUUUGGGCUUGAGUGAGAAGAAUGUGUUCUUCUGGUGGCCGGAUGCCCAGGGAAGUGCACCGGAGCCCAGUUCGAUUGUCUCCCAGCUGGUUCGGUUUACCAUCGAUCCCCAGUCCGAGAAGCGGGCCCUCUCGAAACCCGAAAUUUUGCAGCACGGCAACUCAGAGUUCUACCGAAUUGAUGACCGGUUUGCUACCUGUCCCUAUCGCCAUUGCUACUUCGACCUGAUGGACCCGCAGCUAGGUACCGAUCUCGAACGGAUUGGGCCUAAGUUGGGAGGUGGGUUCCCGUUAUAUAACGCCGUGGCCCACUUUGACAACGUCACGGGGGAGACAGAAGUCUACUUCCCAGGAGACGUCCAUCUGGUCCAGGAGCCAGUAUUUCUCCCGCGGAAGGACUCGACUACAGAGGGGGAUGGGUAUAUUCUGGUACUGGUCAACAACUAUGAGACGAUGGCAAGCGAGCUACAUCUACUGGACACGCGAGACUUCACUCGCGCGCAGGCCAGGAUCCUGCUUCCGGUCCGCUUGCGCCAGGGUCUACAUGGAAGCUGGGUGGAUGGAGGAGAUCUCAACCCACGGACAGCCUAA